AUGGCUCACCCUUUCGUGGCCAACUCCCACAUCCUCCACCGCACCUUUGCGGCCAACCCAGAGCGUGUUGUUGGCACCAAAGGCAUCCGCCUGGUUCUUGAAUCGGGUCAAGAAAUAUUGGAUGCCUCAGCUGGACCAUCAGUCUCUUGUCUAGGUCAUUCGCGGCCUGAUGUUGCCCAAGUCGUGGCCAAACAGCUUACAGAGGUGCCUUAUGUUUACUCUGGUUCACGUUUCACGUCCACGGCGACAGAGGACCUCGCGAGUCAUCUUCUCCGCGAUCGUCCUGGCGGCCUGUCCAAGGCCAUAUUUGUCAACUCGGGCAGUGAAGCAACAGACGCUGCUCUGAAGCUUGCGUUUCAGUACUGGCGCGAAGCGGGCCAGCCGCAGAAGCGCUUUGUGAUUGCUCGCAAGCAGAGCUACCAUGGCAACACCAUCGGUGCGCUGUGUGUGUCGGGCCAUGACUCUCGAAGAGCUCUGUAUAGCGAUUGGAUGUCGACCAAUGUGCGCUUCGUGGACCCUUGCUUCGCCUACCGUUUCAAGCGCCAGGGCGAAUCCGAUGAGAUGUAUGUGAAGCGCUUGUCCGAUCAGCUAGAGGCUCAGAUCCUUGAGCUGGGGCCGAAGAAUGUGGCUGCAUUUAUUGCAGAAACCGUGAGCGGCACCACUCUGGGCUGUGCGACACCUACCGAGGGUUACUUCAAAGCGGUUCGGGCACUCUGCGACAAAUACGACAUUCUACUCAUCCUAGACGAGAUUAUGUGCGGCAUGGGCAAGACCGGCACCAUGCAUGCUUGGGAGCAGGAGGGAAUCCGCGGACCCGACAUUCAGACCAUCGGAAAGGCGCUUGGUGGCGGUUUUAUUCCCCUUUCUGCAGUACUGCUACAUCAGACUAUAUUUGACACACUGGCCAAAGGGUCUGGCGUUCUUGCUCACGGACACACAUUCCAGGCACAUCCUGCAGCCUGCGCAGCGGCACUAUGUGUCCAAAAGGUCAUCGAGAAAGAAAACCUGAUUGUAAAAGUCGCGUCCAUGGGAGAUGUCCUUGGAAAUUUGCUGCGGCGCGAAGUCGGCCCUCUUCCUCUUGUUGGUGAUAUCCGAGGUCGCGGUCUCUUCUGGUCCGUGGAAUUCAUGAUGCACGGGCCUAGCCGCAUACCACCUCCCCGAGAAGCCAAGUUCUGUGACCGCGUCGUCAAUCGCGCCUUGGAACUAGGCCUGAAUAUCCUCGGAAACCUGGGUGUGACGGGCGAGGUAUACGUGGACCACAUCAUGAUCUGCCCUCCUUACAUUGUUUCUGAGGAGGAGUUGCGCGACAUUGUUAGACUGCUUGUUGAGGCGAUACAGGACGUGACCAAAGAAAUGGCUUCUUGGGUUACGGGAAGCACCAGGUCAGAUGCCAAAGUUGCCGCGCCUUUGCCUUCCGCCAUGGCCAAUGGCCAUGUCAACGGUGUAAAUGGACACACACAUUGA